GGACAGGAGCUCGGUGGCCCGGCGGCCGGGAGCCGGAGGAGGCUGUGGGAGGUGGUGGCGGCGGCGGCGCGGAGGAGGAGGCGGAGGAGAAGCGGUAGAGUGGAGGACACAAGGGCAGGCCAGUCGCAUGCGCCCCCUUUAAGUGGCACCUGCUGCACCAGCACCCCCAGCGCAGCCUGCCAGUGCCCCCUACCCACUGUGGGAGGCAGCAUGGUCUGGGGUCACCAUGGGACCCGACAGAGUGACUGCGCGGGAGCUGUGUGAGAACGACGACCUGGCCACCAGCCUGGUCCUGGACCCCUACCUGGGCUUCCGCACCCAUAAGAUGAAUGUCAGCCCUGUGCCGCCUUUGCGGCGACAGCAGCAUCUGCGCUCAGCGCUGGAGGCCUUCCUGAGGCAGCGGGACCUGGAGGCCGCGUUCCGGGCCCUGACACGGGGAGGCUGGAUGACCCACUACUUCCAGAGCCGGGGCCCACGGCAGGAGGCCGCCCUCAAGACCCACAUCUACCGCUACCUCCGCGCCUUCCUACCUGAGAGUGGCUUCACCAUCCUGCCCUGUACCCGCUAUUCCAUGGAGACCAACGGUGCCAAGAUAGUGUCCACGCGGGCUUGGAAGAAGAAUGAGAAGCUGGAACUGCUGGUGGGUUGCGUCGCUGAGCUGCGUGAGGCGGAUGAGGGGCUGCUGCGGGCCGGUGAGAACGACUUCAGCAUCAUGUACUCCACCCGAAAGCGCAGUGCACAGCUGUGGCUCGGUCCGGCAGCCUUCAUCAACCAUGACUGCAAGCCCAACUGCAAGUUUGUACCCACAGAUGGAAAUGCUGCCUGUGUGAAGGUGCUGCGAGACAUCGAGCCGGGCGAUGAGGUGACCUGCUUCUAUGGCGAUGGCUUCUUCGGGGAAAAGAACGAACACUGUGAAUGUUACACCUGUGAGAGGAAAGGCGAGGGUGCUUUCAGGUUGCAUCCGCGGGAGCCCCAGCCGUCUCGGCCCCCAGACAAAUACGAGCUGCGGGAGACCAAGCGUCGGCUGCAAGGCCUCCUGGGCCCCCGAGCCUGCACCCACCUGUCCUCACGGCAUGGGCACCGCGAUUCCUGCAUGGUCUGCCAGCCUUUGCGGUCCUUGUCCUGCAGCUGCCGCCCUGACACCUCCCCACUCUGGCUCCAGUGGCUGCCACAGCCCCAGCUUCUGGUGCAGCCCCGGAAUUACCGGCGUCCCCGAAAGUGCCGGCGCUCCCAGCCCCAGCGGGCCACCACGGCACUCCCUGUUCUCCCAGCCACCCGCGUCUCCCUGCAUCCAUGGGGAGGUUGUGGGCCCCAUUGCCGCCUGCAGGGUGAGGCCCGGGUAGCCCUGACCCGAGCGGCCAUUCCCAGCUGGACCCCACAGCACGACUGGCACUGGGCACGGCGCUAUGGACUGCCUUAUGUGCUGCGCGUGAACCUGAGCCGGGCUGGGCCCACAUCCACCAUCCCUACACCUGCCAGCUACCCGGUCCCUGUUCCUGUCCCUAAGCAGGCCCUGGCCUUUGCCCCCUUCUCCCCACCCAAGCGCCUGCGACUGGUGGUCAGCCACGGCUCCAUUGACCUGGAUGUCCACGGUGAGGGUCCUUGACAGCUAUGCCAGGAGGCCCUUGCUCUGGGUCUUGGUGGAGCAAAAGCCACUGGAGGGAGCCUACCCUGACCCCAGCACAGCUCUGAGCCACUGGUGGCAGUUGCUGGAGAGACCCCAGCUCUGCCCCUGUCCUCCUGUGACUGCUGACCCCAGCAGCGGGGACCUCUGGCUAGGCUGCCCUCCCCAGGGAGCAAAGCCAUAGGGGCAGGGCUGGCAAGAACUCCCUAGAGACUGUCUUAGGGGGGCAGGGCUGGGGUGUCAGGGUGCAUCUGCAGCACCCCUGGCAGGUCUCAGGGAGGCUGGUGCUGACCUCAUCUUUCUUAUGGUGCUGUCCCUGGUGCUACUGGGGUGUGGGGGCUUGGAAGCAUUUGAACUUUUUAUUAAAACCUUGUUAU